GGAGAGACCACAAGCAGGACAAGAUGGGUGGAAGGUUUAAGGUGGACAGGAUACUUCAGUUUUAAACCUCAGCUGGAGCAAGUGCUGACUGAGCGAGUCAAGGGAGGAAAAGUUGCAACGAGAAGCAGCAACAGAUAUAUUCAGAUAAAUUCAGAAAGCUACGGGGAGUGAUGGAAAAGUAUGUGCGGAGGAGGUAGACACCGGGGGAGGAGGUUUCAUUUCCCACAGCUCCUCUCAGUUUCUCAGGACUUCCCUCCCUGGACACUGCUGCUGCUGCUCUAAGUGCCUUCUCUCCAGGGCCAAACGCUUCCAUAUCUGGACCUGGAUUUGGACAAACAGUGAGAUGGACUGAAUCAGGCGGGACAACAACACCGAACCUAAAUUUAACUUUUUAUAAGUCUCUCCUGAAAGAUGUUUGGUGGAGCAAAGGAUAACCCACUGUUGUGAGAGAAAUACAACAGGAGAAAGCAGAAAAAGGGGCUUAUUUAAAACAUCACAACAUCACGUCUCAGAAGUAAAUGUCUGAUUUUUUUUUUAUUUCCACAAUACAGCCUUGUCCUACCGAGUUUACACUUCGCAUGAAAUUCAGAUUUCUUUUAUCUUGACUGUUUUAGAAGAUGAUCUCAUCUUGAAUAUUGUUGUUAUGAUUAUUAUUUAGAGAUACCACUGAGACUAGAUAGUUGGAUUGUCCUCAGCUUCCAGCUGAAGAGAGCUUACAGUAUGUUUCAGAGCUGAGGUUUCAGAAAUUGCUUGUGUGGUUGCCGCAUAUAAUGGGGUAAUUUAUUUACAAUUGCUGUUGUUGUUUUGCCAUUUUAUGGCAGGGAAGAUGAGAGGACUUGAGUAUUUUAUGUUCCGUUCUCUGAUGUUCUACACUUCAAUAAGUCUGUUGCAUUCACCGGGACUUUCUCCCACCUAAUGAGAGGGAAAUCAUGAAAAUGGACGCAGAGGCUGUACCGAAUUCUUUGCUUUUUCCAAAUGACAUUUUUAUCUGAAACCAAGAUGUGAUUUAUGACUGUAAACUAUGACGUGAGGGACUGAUAAUUGCUGUUUGGAUUAAAAGGAUGAGCAGUAACUUGUGUCUUUGCCAGUCCGAGCUCCCGAGAGUGCGUGCAGGAGUAAAGUCUGGAAAGUGACUCUAAACGUCUCCUUUAAUGCACUAUAAUAAAUGGCUCGUGACACAACCCCCAUUUUCCCUCAUGGGUCCAGAGAGGGAGGUUUUCCAUAUAUGUCGACUUCCACAUAUUUUCCACUUCAGCAUCAGUGUUGACAUUAGAGCAGCCUUCAUCCAGCCCGCUGGCGUGGUUCUCAUGCUGUGUCCUGGGCCUGGAAAACAACCCCAUGCAGUCACUCACCACCCAGACUGAUUCCUGUCACAUCUUGGUUCAUCUCUGUUGAAAACACUUGCUGUUGACUAGCCUGGCCCAGGAUUACUCGGGCUUCUUUUUGUUUGUCCCUGAGGCCAGGCCUUCUCGUGCAGGCUUGGCCCUGAGUGGGCUUCCCCUGUCCUGCAAUCAUGGGGAUUCAGGGCAUGGAGCUGUUUGCCAUCGGAGUGGUUAUCAUCCUUUUCAUGGCAGUUCUCAAGCAGUUUGGCAUCCUGGAACCCAUGUCCUCGUUUGAAGAUGACAGCAGCGACAGUGAUUUGGAGCUGUCAACGGUGCGUCACCAGCCGGAGGGGCUGGACCAGCUGCAGGCUCAGACCAAGUUCACCAGGAAGGAGCUUCAGUCUCUCUACCGAGGAUUCAAGAAUGAGUGUCCCAGUGGGCUGGUUGAUGAGGAGACAUUCAAGUCCAUCUAUUCUCAGUUCUUUCCCCAAGGAGAUGCAACAACCUACGCUCACUUCCUGUUCAACGCCUUUGACAUUGACAGAAACGGUUCAAUCCGCUUCGAGGACUUUGUCAUUGGCCUGUCAGUGUUGCUCAGAGGUUCAGUCACUGAGAAGCUCAACUGGGCCUUUAACCUCUAUGACAUUAAUAAGGAUGGCUACAUCACCAAAGAGGAGAUGCUGGCGAUCAUGAAGUCAAUCUAUGACAUGAUGGGGAGAUACACCUACCCCUGUGUGCGAGAUGAAGCACCCUCCGAACAUGUGGACAAGUUUUUCCAGAAAAUGGACAAAAAUCGAGAUGGUGUAGUGACCAUUGAAGAGUUCAUUGAGACCUGUCAGAAGGACGAGAAUAUCAUGAACUCCAUGCAGCUGUUUGAGAAUGUGAUAUAAGGAAUCAAGACGCUCGCAGUUGUUUUCCUCCAUUAGCUCUCGCGCACAACUUACACAAAAACACAGCACAUCCCACACCCCAGACUCCACACUAAAACAUGACGUCCUGGCACAUAAUGUAGGUACUGUAAGGAAACAGGAGCUAUAGCUUUUUUUCUAUUUCUCGCCAUGCUCUUUUAGCUCUAUCUUGCAACUGCUUCUGGAUUAAAAGGACUGUUACAGACAGAAAAAGAGCUUCCUGGGUAAAAUUCCCAUCUAUCCAAUCUGGGGUUUUUGUUUGUCCCCAGUGAAUCAACAGCUGAGCUCCUUGUACUUUUAUUGUUGACACAAAGGAUCAACAACGAACAAGGAGUGAAGAAGCUUACAAUAAUCCAUUUGACUGGAGCACACAAGGACAGUAGCUUUAACACUAAUAUACCUUGUUUCUCACCCCGACACACACACACACACCUGCUCAAGAGUCUUUAGAGCACCGGAUGAAGUGAACAGAGCAGCAUGGAAAAAAAAUUGCAGCACAUAAAAAAAGAAAAAUGAACUAAAGCAUGUUUGUCAUCAGAUAUGUGAUGUGGAAUUAGCUUGCACUACAGUUUUAUGACCAUGUAUUAUAUGCGCCUGAAAUAAUGGCACUGUAGAUACCUGCACCUGAUACAUCACUGAUGGAAACCAGUGUGUAUGUAUAUAUGUAUAGUGAAUAGUUAUAUAUCCUAUGUUGUACUGGUCUCCUCUGUACUGCAUUGGGUGAUGGAAGAGGGCCAGAACUGAAUAUUUGUUUAAGAAAUCUCUGUUAAUCAGUUUGACAUCAUGUUUAGUAACAGUUCUCCACAGAAUUCAAAUGGAUUAUUCAAAGAUUUCUCUCUUUUUUUGUAUUUAGGGAUAUUAUGUUUAGCUGGUUAUAUUGGAAAAGUGAGUCUGUACAAUACUGUGAAGAUACAGAAAGGACUGUUAAAAGUGUGUUUUUUUAAGCUGACUCAAGGAUUUAUCUUGGUUCCUCAGUAUCUACGAGCAUGCUGAAUCUAAGUGCCACAGUAUUACGUACAGUACGGUAGGACCUUCGUGAUGUCAGUUAAUUAAAGAUGCUGUCAACAGCUGCCACCUCUCCUUUUUUUAAUGCGUCCCUUCACUACAUU